CUUUUUUUCCCCAAUCUGGUAAUUUACCAAGGAGCGGGAGACGGAGUGAAUGGCCGAAGGCCGGCGUGAAGCUAAGGAGAGGGGGGAGGGGCGAACUGCGAUUCUGAUUUCUACUGGACUGCUAAAGUGCGAAAGGCCGAAGGGCGUUGCCGCGUAGCCAGCGAGACGAGCGACGAGCUGAGUCAGCCGACGAAUCUCCGUCUCCUUCCCAUCCGCAAUUGACGAGCAGGCAGAGCGAGAGCCGCUGCUGGGGACUGCAGUUCUUCGUUUGUUUUCUUCUUCCCAUCAGCAAAUCGACGACUCCACUACUCUAGAGAUAUGGCUUCAAGUUCGAAUUCAGAUUCUGAUGAACUUUCAGCCAAUGCUUCUUCCCUUCCAGCAAAAAGCGUAUACAAAGACCCAGACGAUGGCCGCCAACGGUUCUUGCUUGAAUUGGAAUUCAUUCAAUGUCUUGCCAAUCCCACCUACAUUCACUAUUUGGCUCAGAAUAGAUAUUUUGAAGAUGAAGCAUUUAUUGGAUACUUGAAAUACCUCCAGUACUGGCAACGUCCUGAGUACAUAAAGUUUAUAAUGUACCCACAUUGUCUCUUUUUUCUCGAGAUGCUCCAAAAUCCCACAUUUCGGAGUGCUAUGGCACAUCCAGCCAACAAGGAAUUGGCACAUAGGCAGCAAUUCUAUUUUUGGAAGAACUAUCGAAACAACAGGUUGAAGCACAUCUUACCAAGGCCACUUCCUGAACCUCCAAGUGCACAAGCAACUUCUGCUCCACCUCUUAUGAUUUUACCAUCAACUGCGCCCCCCACAGCUACAGUAGGUCCCGUUCCUUCUCCAGCUACUGCUUCAUCUCUCUCUACAACGCAAUAUGCUACCCACCCUGGGUUGUCUUCUAUUGCUAAAAAUGAUACAAGGAACCCUGCUCUUGAAAGAAGAAAGAGAAAAAAAGACGGGUGAUCAGUGAUGUCACUGACAUGUAUGUGAUUAUUGACGGAGAUAAUACAUGUCAAGGUGUAAAACUUUGUAUGCGGCUUGCUGCCACUGAAAGACCAAACAUGUGGAAUGAAGACCCUAACACAAUUCAAAAUAUAGAAUUCUCUUCAUGCUAUGACUGUACCCAACUGUUAUCCAGCUUAGUUUCAGGUCAAAGUUCUUAAAGAGUACUAGUGUACUUUCUUAUGAGCAAAAUGUUACCCCAGAAUAAAUAUCAGGGGUUUGUAACAUUCAGGGAAAGAUAGCUUGUUGGUUCUGUUUUGAUUUUUAAAGUAAAAACAAAUUCAGAUCUUAUUCAGUACCUGAGAAUGUCCAUAGAGAUGAGCAAUAGAAAAAGGGAAGUGAUGUGUGGGGGUUGCAAAAUGUGUUGGAGACAAGCAUUCAUCAGGUAAAAGUAUCUUAUGGCGCCUUCAGAUAAGGUAGAUUAAUCACCAAACGCUCAAAAAGUGCUCUUGGCAUUUCAGCCCAUAUACUGCACAAAAAUUUUACAGAUUUUUUUCCUGUUAGCGUGGUACUCUUCUAUUGUUUCAUGUCAACUCGUAUAUACUUUCAGGAAAAUUGUGCCCAAAAAUACUCUUAUAUACUAGCAGGAUUUGAAGAAAGGUGAAACAUU